GCCGGGUUCAAAUUCCCUGGAGCGUCGACUACUUUAAUUCGCUUCCGUGGGGCUCGCCUGCCAGACGACAAUCAUGGGUAUAGCUGUCGUAGAAACUUCGCAGCAGAAGAGCAAAAAAAGCAGCAGGGAUAAGACCGUGGACAUCCCAGUGGCAAUAGAAGCAGGGCCAAGCAAUGCCGAGGACGAGGGCAAGGAGAAGAAGGGCAAGAAGAAACGGCGCGUCGACGAAGGUGUUGCAGAUGGGGAACUGGACAACACACGAGUAUUUGCAGAGGGAAACAUAGCAGACAUUACGCGGCAAGAGAAGAAGAAGCGAAGGUCCGAGCGUAAGGACGGCGAGGAAGAUGCUACAACGAAUGUAGAAGUAGACAUGGCCGAAGGUGGAGGGGAAAAGAAGAGAAAGAAGGAUAAGAAGGGGAAGGAACGCGAGGAGGCUGAGAUGACCGUAGCGACUACUUCAGAGGACAAAGAGGAGGGCGCCAGCAAAAAGAAGAGCAAGAAGCGGAAAACCAGAAAGGAGGAUAACUCCCAGGAGAUCGCAGAGGAGGAGGCCAAGCCGAAGAAAAAGCGGAAACGGAGCAGCUCUGGCUUCCCCGAUCCCGGGGAGGACGACUCGCUCUCAGACCAGGCGAGAAAAGCUUUGUCCUACGCUUACCUGCAGGCAGAGGAACCCUUGAGCUGGAAGUUCAAUAAAGCUCGGCAGAAUUGGCUUCUGCGCAAUGUAUGGUCGGCAGAGGCAAUACCUGACACCUAUGUUUCGUUGACGAAGAAGUACUUAUCUAGUGUGCAAGGUGGCGUCCGCGAGACACUAAUCAAAACUUGUCACGACGUUCUCGCGGAGAAGCCCCAGGAGGAGGCAAAGCCGCAAAUCGCUGCGGAACUUGCGCCCGUUGAGUCGGAGGAUAAGCCUGCUGUAAAGACAAAUGCCAAGGUCAAAUUCGACGUUCCAACGGAAAUCUUCAAAGCGUCCAUUACGCUACAAUCGAAGCAGCAGAGAGCACAAGAACUUCUCGAAGUCUUUACGAGCGAGAAGGCAUCAUGACUCUGGGGGAGGCGUUGGAGGAUUCACGUGAGGGCAUACGUCCGCAAGCUGGUAUCACUGCUAACCUCCGGUGCAGUAUCGCGAGUAUGAAUGAA